GGCGCCGCCACUGCCUCUGCUUCGCGGGCUCGGGGCGGCUUCCCGGAGAUCAGGGGCUGCGGGUGGGGCCUCCGCGGGCACAACGGAGCGGGCCGGGGGAGGCCGGGAUGGAGCCCCCCGGAGUGGACUGAAGCGGCGGCCGGCCCGGAGCUGAGGCGGAUCCCGGCGCCUCGUUGGGCUGCGGACGGAUGGUGUGACGGCCGCGGGCAGACAUGGCUCACCUCAGGGGAUUUGCCAACCAGCACUCCCGCGUGGACCCUGAGCAGCUCUUCACCAAGCUCGACCGCAUCGGGAAGGGCUCCUUCGGGGAGGUGUACAAGGGCAUCGACAACCGCUCCAAGGAGGUAGUGGCCAUCAAGAUCAUCGACCUAGAGGAGGCUGAAGACGAGAUCGAGGACAUCCAGCAGGAGAUCACCGUACUCAGCCAGUGCGACAGCCCCUACAUCACGCGCUACUUCGGCUCCUACCUGAAGAGCACCAAGUUGUGGAUCAUCAUGGAGUACCUGGGUGGCGGCUCGGCACUGGACCUGCUGAAGCCAGGCCCCCUGGAGGAGACAUACAUCGCCACCAUCCUGCGGGAGAUCCUGAAGGGCCUGGACUACCUGCACUCGGAGCGCAAGAUUCACCGUGACAUCAAAGCUGCCAACGUGCUGCUCUCCGAGCAGGGUGAUGUGAAGCUGGCGGACUUUGGGGUGGCGGGACAGCUCACUGACACACAGAUCAAGAGGAACACGUUUGUGGGCACCCCUUUCUGGAUGGCACCUGAGGUCAUCAAACAGUCGGCUUAUGACUUCAAGGCCGACAUCUGGUCCCUGGGGAUCACUGCCAUCGAACUGGCCAAGGGGGAACCCCCAAACUCUGACCUGCACCCCAUGCGGGUUCUGUUCCUGAUCCCCAAGAACAACCCGCCUACGCUGGAAGGUCACCACAGCAAGCCCUUCAAGGAGUUUGUGGAGGCCUGCCUCAACAAGGACCCCCGAUUUAGGCCCACCGCCAAGGAGCUUCUGAAGCACAAAUUUAUCGCCCGCUACACCAAGAAGCCAUCCUUCCUCACCGAGCUCAUCGACCGCUACAAGCGCUGGAAGGCCGAGGGCCAUGGCGAGGAGUCCAGCUCCGAGGACUCUGACAUUGAUGGUGACACAGAAGAUGGGGACCAAGGCCCGAUUUGGACGUUCCCCCCCACCAUCCGUCCCAGCCCCCACAGCAAGCUGCACAAAGGAUCUGCACUGCUCGGCUCCCAGAAGUCAGCGGAACCAGUCCAGCGGCAGCCGAGGUCGCAGAGCCUGUCCACACUGGUCCGGCCGGUUUUCGGAGAGCUCAAGGAGAAGCACAGGCAGAGCGGUGGGCGUGCGGGGGCACUGGAGGAGCUGGAGAAUGCCUUCAGCCUGGCUGAGGAGUCCUGCCCUGGCAUCUCAGAUAAGCUGGUCGCCCACUUGGUGGAGCGGGUGCAGAGGUUCUCACACAACAGAAACCACCUGACAUCUGCCCGCUGAGGCCACGCUGCUGUCUGAGGGGAGCGGCGUCCCUAACGCUCUGUGAGGACAGUGUGCUGCCAGAGCUGGGUCAUGUCCACGAGGACCCUGGGGGCUCACGAGCUGCCCCUACCCCACGCAAAGUCCAUCCAACAUGUUCACUGGACACUGCUUCCACCCCUACCCGCCUGGGCCCUUCUCAGCAGCUGGUGCCACGACGUAGGACCUGCACAGAGAAGGGCAGGCACCGUGCGUGCAUGACCCCGUGCAGGGGAGGGCCCAGCUUUCCUCUCUUUGGGGUGGGGCCUGUCUGCUUCAGGGCUCACUGGACUCACGGAACCUGGCUCCUCCCUGCGGCCUGGGCUGAGGGCAGAGCCCCAGGGCAGCCCUUGUCCUCCUGUCACAGAUUGGGGGGUAGAGCAGAGGACAGCAGCCCCAAGAGGAGCGCCCGGCCCCCUGCCCUGCCUGGGACCCUGCCCGCGUGGCCCUGUCCCCUGCCGUGCUGUGUUCCCCACAGUGUUUUGUAUUUUAAGAAAACUGAACUCUGUUCCCUGAAGUCUUUGAGGUUAAGCUGUUAGUUUCAGAGAACGCUGAAUGGUCCUGCCAUCUUCAAUAAAGAAGUGAACUGGA